CGCCACUGGACUUGGUCGCGCCGGAAGUGUAACACUUUCUCUUUGUCAGAGGAGCACCGCUGUUUCCUGGGCUGUAGCUCCGGUUGCUGCGGCGCCCGUGGCAGCCCUGGCGACGCCGGAGCGAUGGCAGCGACCGACAUAGCUCGCCAGGUGGGUGAAGGUUGCCGAACUGUCCCCCUGGCUGGACACGUGGGAUUUGACAGCUUGCCCGACCAGCUGGUGAAUAAAUCGGUCAGCCAAGGCUUCUGCUUCAACAUCCUGUGCGUGGGAGAGACAGGUUUGGGCCAGUCAACCCUCAUGGACACUCUGUUCAACACCAAGUUCGAGGGGGAGCCAGCUACCCACACACAACCAGGUGUCCAGCUCCAGUCCAAUGCCUAUGACCUCCAAGAGAGCAAUGUGGGUCUAAAGCUCACAAUUGUUAGCACUGUGGGCUUUGGGGGUCAGAUCAACAAGGAGGACAGCUACAAGCCCAUCAUGGAGUUCAUCGACGCCCAGUUCGAGGCCUACCUGCAGGAGGAGCUGAAGAUCCGCCGAGUGCUGCACACCUACCACGACUCUUGCAUCCACACCUGCUUAUACUUCAUUGCCCCCACAGGUCACUCCCUGAAGUCUCUGGACCUGGUAACGAUGAAGAAGCUGGACAGUAAGGUGAACAUCAUCCCCAUCAUUGCCAAAUCAGCCAUUUCGAAGAGUGAGCUGACAAAGUUCAAAAUCAAAAUCGCCAGUGCUGUCAACAAUGGGGUCCAGAUCUACCAAUUCCCUACAGAUGACGAAACAGUGGCAGAAAUCAAUGGAACCAUGAACGCCCAUCUGCCAUUUGCUGUCAUUGGCAGCACGGAAGAACUGAAGAUAGGCAAUAAGAUGAUGAAGGUGCGGCAGUAUCCUUGGGGCACAGUGCAGGUUGAAAACGAGGUUCACUGCGACUUUGUGAAGCUGCGGGAGAUCCUGAUUCGGGUCAACAUGGAGGAUCUGCGGGAGCAGACCUACACCUGGCACUAUGAGCUGUACCGCCGCUGUAAGCUGGAGGAGAUGGGCUUCAAGGACACCGACCCUGACAGCAAGCCCUUCAGUUUACAGGAGACGUAUGAAGCCAAAAGGAAUGAGUUCCUAGGGGAGCUCCAGAAAAAAGAAGAAGAUGAGGAGAUUAGGCAGAUGUUCGUCCAGAGAGUGAAAGAGAAAGAAGUGGAGCUCAAAGAGGCAGAGAAAGAGGUGCAUGAGAAGUUUGACCGUCUGAAGAAGCUACACCAGAAUGAGAAGAAGAAGCUGGAGGACAAGAAGAAAUCCCUGGAUGAUGAAGUGAAUGCUUUCAAACAGAGAAAGACGGCUGCCGAGCUGCUCCAGUCCCAGGGGUCCCAGGCUGGAGGAUCACAGACUCUGAAAAGAGACAAAGAGAAGAAAAAUAACCCAUGGCUGUGUACUGAAUAGUAUUCCCUGCUACAGCUGGACUGGACUCCAUUUAGCCUUUUAAGCCAAGGUUCCUAUUUUAACUGACAGCUUUCCUUGGGGUGCCAGGCAGCCGGGCCCCCCACCUCCACCAUGUGCUAUCACUUCAAGCCCCCAUCUCUUCUUUCUGAGUUCCACACCUUGUUCCUGCCUCCCAGGCCCACGGGCACUGACAAUGAUCACCUUCCUCUUUUUUAAAAAUUUUUCAGGGUUUUUUUUUUUUUUUUGGACCACUUCUUUAAAACACAAAGUCAAACAAGGCAAUGCCAAAUUUUCAGGCCUUUUUGAAGUGUUGAGGAUUUGGAGCGGAGGUGUGUGUGAGUUCUCUCUUCAAUAAUAGGAAGCAAAAAAUAAGCAAAAGGUAGAUAAAGUGAAAAGCAAAUGUUUGCACACACUUUGUCUUCUCUUGUUGGCAAAGCCAGAGUGCAGUGUUGACAUAUGUAUUUUUUGGUGUUAGGAAAGAUACUCUCAUCUUGAUUCAUUGAUUGGUUAGUGGCCAGCAGCAGGUAUGAAGGUGAUGCUGCCAGAGCAUAAACUAGCGUCUGGGGAAAAUCCGAGUCACAGUGGAGCACGAUGAGAUUCUAUGCUUGGAGGGAAGAAGCUCAGAGAGAUGCUGAGUUAGGGCUGUGAGAUCUCCUUGGGAAAGGCAUCUUAUUUGCAGCUUUGCUGUUUUCACAUCCAAACCGGAGCUACUUCCAAAGGAUCUCCGACUUAAACAAACCAAGUGAUCUCUAUCCCCAGGGAUAUUUGUAUUGCAAAUAGUAGACCUUCCCCCUACGUUAGCAUUUGUUUAAGAUUAAUUGUUGGAGGAGCUCUGAGUACUUUAGAAGUGUUAGAGCCACACAAUCUUUGAGAGACCUUCAGAGACUUAAGCUAAAGCAGGAGUUUUAUAUUAAGGGAGAAGUUUUUGUAGGUAGGACAGAUAUGAUUCGCUUUUUUCUGUAAGAGGAAAUUGAGGCCUGGGGAAGUUAAGAGACUUGCUUGAGGUCCCACUGCUAUUCCGUGGCAGAAGCCAGGCUAAAUUCAAUGUCUUCUGACUCCCAACCCAUUUCACAAAGGAAUUCAGUCUGUUCAUAUAUGUUCCUGGAGACAAGGUCGUUUGAUGUUUGGAGACACCAAAUAGUCAGUAUUAGCGGGCCCUUCAGGUUUUCUUUUUUCCCUCCACAGAAAAACAUCAGAGGAUGGGGUAGGUGGGGUUGGGAGCCAAGCAGAAGAUUCAAGGCUAGGUCCCUAACUGAGUGCUGCUGCUGAUGAUAGGAGUCAGGGGGGCAUCUGUUAGCUGGGGCGUGUAGAUUUAACAGGUGCCUUGGGGAAUCCUUGUAAUCAGGGAAGUUUGAUACACAAAACUAACUCGUGAGUGAAGAUCAGGCCUUUAGAAAGUCAAUCCAGGCUAUUAAAAGAAUUAAAAUGCUUAUUUUAUUGCUUUUCUCACUGUAGAGAGAAAGUUUUUUUCCCCCUAACAGUGAAAAGACUUUUUAAUUAGUAUGAUUGUUACUUUAAAAAAAAUACCCUAAGUACUCUGAUUACUUCUGAUGAAACAAAACCAGUCAUUAGAAAUGGUCUGGGCUUUUAUUUUUCCAGUCUGGAAUGGAAUGAUUUUCCUGAAAAGACCCCUACCCUACACACACAUAGACUCCUCAUUUCUCUUAAGCCAAAAAGUUUGCUUGCCCCUAGCUGCAGUGCAGAUCAUUUUUUUUUUUUUUUUUGGUUGGUUGUUUUGUUUUGUUUUAAUCAUUUGGCAUUUACAUGUGGCUGUUAAUAUGUGCUUGUUUUUAAUUAAAACAAGAAGCUUUAAACCGGUGUGUGGUGUUCUUAAAACCUCCGUGGAUUUUCCAGUGGUGACGGUCCAUCAGUGCCCCCAUUUCUAACCUGUCGUCUUGAAGUAUAAUCUGUGCUACCUCACACUGCCCCCUCCCCUUCCCCAUCUUACUUUGAAUGUCCUUUCUCUUUGGCUAAUUUCAUGUUUUCUUUCUCUUUCUCUCUUCCUCUCCAGCUUUUUUUAAUCUUGUCUUCAGCAGCUGCACUAAGUCUAAAGGAGAAGACUGCCAUUAUAGAAGAGUUAGGGUUCCAUAUUGCCUCAAACCAGAAAUCAACCAAUUCCCUCUCCCCUCAGAUUGCACACACACAUAUAUAUACACACACAAAAACACACAGAGUCAACAAGUGUUCAUAUGUCCCUGUGUCCAAGCAAGAAGCUCUCUUCUGACUUACAUGGUAUUUUAAAUGGAAGUGUCUUGUCCUAACCUAACAAGGCAGGAAAAGGACCAUCAGAGCUGGAGAACAGACUAAAUGUAACCUCAGAGAGACAACUACAGGGCACCUCACCCAAGUGUAAGUGACUGGGGCAGGAGACCCCAGCUGUGGGUGUGGAAGUGCUGUUCACAAAUUUUUGUUUGAGUUUUAUGUUUUUCUUUUGCAACAACAAUUCUCUGGUACAAGGGGUUUGCUGUCGACAGGCACUAUUAAACAUUCCUCAAUGUGGAAGAGAAAACCAAGUGACAUUUGUAUCUUCAGCAUUCACAGAGCUGCAGACCCCAGCAAGGGGGAAAGAUGGAUCCACUAUCUAACACUCAGGUGGAGAAGGGAGAGACAAGAAGGGCUUAAGCUUAGUAAGAACAAAAUUACUUCAUUCACCCUCCCAAGGCCAGUGGGGAAUUUGAGAGAGGUCUCCACUCAACCAGGGAGGGAGAGCUUUGAUGUUGACACAUCUGCCUUGAAUUCGUUGGUUGAACUUGCAUCAAAAUACCAUGUGAGAGUGUUCAUCCCCAUGUAUCCCUACCAUUGUCACCAUUCCCGCUGUCCAGUGUCUCUUGAGAGAGCCUCUUUGCAUGUUUUCCAGAAUCUGUGUUUGUUUUUUUCCUUUCUUCUCCUUUGUUCUUUUUGCUCAAAGGUGUGACCAGUCACUGCCCCUCUGGGGCCUUCAUUCGACAGGAGAAACAUCCUAGAACCAGCACUGUUUAGCUUGAUGCCUUUCUAAUGUCCAUGUCCAAUUUUCAAUAAAAUUCAAAGAAAUGCUAAA